ACAUGUUAGUGGCUUUCUUUGUGCCCACUCUAUACUUAUGUUAAACAUACCCUCCAGCAUUAAUCAUCGUCAUGUGGGGAAUUUUUUUUUGCGCCAAUAUAUCAAAUCUCGUAAUUUGAAUGUUAAUUGAAAUUGUAAUGGCGCAUAUAUAAUCACGUUAAGCAUCUCAACAAGGUCAACCUACCUCAGAAGAAUUCAUACUUUACUUGACAGAUUGUGCCCUCUCAUAAUUGUGACAUUAAUUAAAAUUCAUGAAUUCAGCGUAAAAUCAGAGAGCAUUAGUCACACUCUAUUUAAAUAUUGAGUGCAUUUUCAGUGAUCCAUAAAACAAGGAUCUCAAAAUGAAGUACUUGAGUACUAUUUUGAGUAUAUGAACUAUGAUUUGAGCUCUCAUUUGUGGUUUCAUUUACUUAUAAUUUUGAAUUUGCCACCCACAAUAUUUCAGAAGCCAACUGUCAUUUGACAUUGCACUUCUCUGCCAGUUUCUUGCCUUAUCUAUCUUGCUACUAGUAUAAGAAGUCAUUAACUCUAUCGACGUUAAAUGUUGUAAUUUCCUAGUUCCUCUUGUUACCUUAACAACACAAUGUCAACUUAUAACUUGAAUUCCUUACUCCUACUUCUCUGCUCUCUUUCUCUAUUCCUACACCAAUCCUUGUCCGAUAUAGACGAUCAAGAAACAAGUCAUGACAUUAACUGGUGGUGCAGCAAAACUCCUCAUCCUGAGCCAUGUAAUCACUUCAUGUCCAAAGAUUCCCAGAGUUCCGAACCCAAAGACAAAUCCGAGUUUAGAACCAUGACGGUCCAAGUAGCUAUGGAUCAUGUCAUUGAGGUGAAGAACCAUGCAAAGAACGUAAGCCAAACUUGCAGGGGAAAACGCAAGAAGUUAGUAUGGAUGGAUUGUGAAAAGCUCAUGGAUGACACUAUCCUCCAAUUGAACCGUAGUCUCGAUGGCAUCAAAUCAAAUUCAACAGAUUUUUCUGAUUUUGAUGCACAAACUUGGCUAAGCGCCUCGUUGACAAACAUUGAGACGUGCUUAUCAGGAUCGAACGAUCUCAAUGUUUCCAACAUCCUCCAGCCGAACUUAUCCACUAACGUUUCUCAACUGAUUAGUAAUUGUUUAGCUGUGAACGUUGAGUUCAUGGACGCGGAAAAUACAACACAAGUUGGUGGAUUUCCCAAUUGGCUUGGUGCUAGCGAAAGAAAGUUGUUGCUAUCCUCAUCGAUAGAUUUGAUGGCUACGACUGCAAAUUAUGUGGUGGCUAAAGAUAGAUCGGGUCAUUUUCAGUCCAUUCAGGCUGCGAUAAAUUAUGCAGUGUCGAGGAGAGUUGGAAAUCAGAGGAUUGUUAUAUAUAUCAGAAGGGGUGUUUAUAGGGAGAAUAUAUUGGUAGGUCCUACAAUGGGGAAGAUCAUGUUAGUUGGUGAUGGAUUGAGAUACACUAUUAUCACAGGCAGCCGUAGUGUUGCUGCUGGUUUCACAACUUACAGUACUGCAACUGUUGGGGUGGAUGGGAUUGGAUUCAUUGCUCGAGGCAUCACAUUCCGAAACACAGCAGGGCCACAAAACGGGCAAGCAGUAGCUCUACGAUCAGCAUCAGAUCUUUCAGUAUUCUACACAUGUGGUUUCGAAGGCUACCAAGAUACCCUCUUUGUCCAAUCACAACGACAGUUCUACAAAUCAUGUUAUAUCUACGGUACCAUAGACUUUAUCUUUGGCAACGCCGCAGUUGUUUUCCAAAAUUGCAUGAUUUACGUCCGAAGACCCUUAUGGGGUCAAGUCAACGUGAUCACAGCUCAAGGGAGAAACGAUCCUUUUCAGAACACUGCAAUUUCAAUACACAACUCUAGGAUUAUGGCAGCUCCCGAUCUUCGCCCAGUAAUUGGGUCGUUCCAGACGUUUUUGGGACGUCCGUGGCAGCAAUAUUCAAGAACAGUUAUCAUGAAGAGUUAUUUAGACAAUUUGGUGAAUCGAGCAGGUUGGUUAACUUGGUUAGAUUCUAAUUUUGCAUUGAGUACAUUGUACUAUGCGGAAUAUGGUAAUAUUGGACCAGCAGCUUCGACAAGGUAUAGGGUGAAGUGGCCUGGUUAUCAUGUUAUAACGAGUGGAAAUGUUGCUAACAAGUAUACUGUUGCAAGCCUUAUAGCUGGUAGGGCAUGGCUGCCUUCUACUGGUGUGCCAUUCACUGCGGGUCUGUGAACAAGUGUUGUUAUACUCUUUUAUUUGCAUUGUCAUUUUUCUUCUUAUUUUUUCAUUGAUUCUUCUUUUUGUACGUGUCAUGUCAUUAUGACACAUAAAUGGAUACUAUUGUUGAUCUUCCCUCAGCUUUUUUU